AUUGACCAGGGAACAUGAGAGAGGAUGCCUCGAUUGUACUUGGUGAGAAAGCUGAAACAUGUCACAUUUUUCUUCAUUAUCCUUAUUCUGCUUUAUGGAGGAAAUAUACUCAGGAAAACCAUCCGAGAUCGGAAAUGUUCCGAGGAAGAAUCAAGGUUCCUGAUGGAUGAUCUGUGCCAAGAUUUUGUUAACCAUGUUGCUGCAGGAAAUCUGUGUCCAGCUUUGUGUGACUCUAAGAAGUUGAAAUACAACAAGUGUACAAACUACAGAGGUGGAAAGAAAGUUCUGAUAGCAAACUGUGAUGGAGUUUGUGAGGAGGGGAGGAAUGUAGUGGCUGUGAUUAAAUCUAAACACCCAAAGGAGGAGUUUCAUUUUGAACCUCUGGUGUUAGACACACAUAAAAAUGGAUCCCUCACUAAAACAGGAUAUUCUACAGCAUACGAGUUGUUUAACAAUUUGCUUAAUUCUCAGAUGCUAGAGGAAAAUGACAAAAUCCCAGAUAUUUUCUCAUAUCUGUGGUCCAUAGAUUUCAAGCAGUUUAAGAGUGAUAACAGGAACUUAAAAUCUCCAGAAGUGACUGCAUUACAGAAUAUCUGGGGAUUAAUUAAUCAAGAUGAAUACCUCUUCAUGAAAGUGUAUCAAAAACAUUCAUUUGUUCCCAGAAUUUAUGGAACCUGUGGGUUUUACUAUGUGAUGGAAUAUGCUCCACCAGGGGAUAUUCUAGAUCCUGCAUUCUUUACAAGUAGCCAUUCAUCUUUUAAAGAACGUGCUAAAAUAGCUGUUGACAUUUUAGAUAUUGUACAAUCUUUGGACUAUGGUUUUUUUGAACCAGUGCAUAUGUGUGAUGUCAAAGCAGAGAACUUUGGAAUUGGUCGGGACCAUGGAGUAAAAAUUCUGGAUUCAGACUCGUUAUUUUUUCAUACUUCCAUGUUGAAAAAUUUAGCACAGCCAUCUUGUACAAGUCAUAAUGAUUGUGAUUUUUUUGACUGCCGUGGCUGGUGUGAUUUGGAGACAGGAAAAUGUACUAAGCAGAGAACUAAUAAUAAUUUACAGACGGUAUGUGAAGAUAUCCUCAUAGACAGAGCAACCAAUUUUUACGCAGGACUCCUUCAUAAUCCUCCUCAAGAGUAUAAAGAAGAGUUACUUCCCCUGUUAGAGGAGUGUGCCUACCCUGGGAAUUCCAAGGGGACCAUCGUCCGGGAACCUGCUUCCGAUGACCUCUACUGGAGACUCCAUAAUCUUCUAAAAAAGGCAAUCCGCAACAUGUAAUUAAGGUUGACCUUUUACACGCAAGAAUUUUAAAGCAGGGCAAUUUAAUGGAAAAAAUUAAGAGUAGUACUUUGGUGUAAGAGUAGAAAAUUAUUUAAUCUGCUAGUCUGCCAAAAAUCAUUUUGCAGUGGCCAGAAAAUUAUUUGUGGCCUCUGGAUAGAAUUAGCCAGAAAAUUAUAUCAAUAGAGAUUAACUGGUUUCCACCAGGAAAAAGAGCUGUAUACAUGGAUAUAUUUCUGGGGAUAAUUAGCUCACCUUGAUUAAGUUGAGAUGAGCUUAUGCUCUUACUCCCAGCAUUGGCAUCAGUGUCAGCAUGCAUCCCAAUUAAGGUUUGAGGAGCAGGUCCAUUCCCAAGUAACUAUAAGUCCUACCUGGACCAAACUUGCAGGGAUCAUGCAUCAUGGCAUAUACACUACCAGAAAUGCUUCAAAUGCAGAAUCUGACCUACAUAUCCUGGAUAAGAGACCAUGUUAAAGUUUUCUGCAAGUUAAAGUUUUAAUAGCAGGUUUCAUUCCAAAAUAGCUAUUAUAAUCCCUAUUGUGAUUAAACUUGCAUGGAUGAUGCAAAGCACACACAUUACAAGACUUGCUUUGGAUGUUGGGUCUGACCUACAUUUGAGGGAAUAGAUUAAAGUUUUUGGAGCAGAUUGGCUGUGGAUGCUGGACCUGACCUACAUUUUCUGGAUGAGUGAACAGGUUAAAGAUUUCGAAGCAGGUUCAUCCUUAAAUGAUUAUAAGCCCUGUGACUAAACUUGCAUUGAUGAUGCAUCUAGAGAUGCACACUACUACACUUGCUUCUACAUGGUGGAUCAGACCUACAUUUAUUAAAAUGGGUUCAUUCCCAAGUACCUUUAAGAACUAUGGUGAUUAAUUUUACAUAGAUUAUGCACCUAGAGAUGCACACUACCUACUUGGAUGCUGGGACUGACCUAGAUUUUCCAGGUGAAUGAACUGGUUAAUGUUUUAGAGCUGUCCCAUUAUAAGCCCUAUGGUGGCUGAACUUGUAUUGAUGAUGUAUGCUACUAGGUAUGCACACUACAAAACAUGCUUUGGAUGAUGGAUCUGACCUACAUUUACAGGGUGAUUGAAUAUUUUAAGUUUUUGAAGCAGGUCCAUUUUCAAGUAUCUAUAGAUUCUACCUGGAUCAAACUUGUACAUAGAUGUUGUUUCUAAGGAUGCACAUUACCAGAACAUUUGAUAGGUGUGAGACUAUAGAUGAAAUUUGUUGAUAUGAGCUUUGUAACCUUUGAUUAGUUAUGUUUUUUGUGAUUUCCAUGUGACUUUUUAAGCAUAUCUGCUUAGUUAUAAAUUUUGCAAAUUUAUAUUUAUUGCUAAAUUGUUGAAAAUUUCAUUGAGAUGUUACAGUAUCUGGUGUCAGAAAAUAUUAAUUAAUCAGUGACAACUAGAUUUUGCAUCAUAAGAUAAUUAUUUUUCUUAGCUGGCAAAUUCAGCUUCUAUACAUAAGUAUAUAGUUGUGAGGAUUUUAUAUAUAGAUUUUCAAAGCUUUGCUUGCCAUUAAUAUUUAUCUUUAUAGCUAUUUCUCAGAUUGAGAUGA